AUGAGCACAUACGGUCUGCCGAACGGCGGCGGCGAUACUCCGGACUUAUGGCAAUCGUCCGGCCGUUCACGAUUCCACCACAAUGAUCCAGAGCCUGCACAUGGUAUUUCCGAGAAGAUGAGCAGUAUGUUCUCAGGCGGUGGGAGAAAAGAUUCGUUACCGAUGUAUAAGGAUAAGCCGUAUCAUUAUCCCCCCGGCAAGGGAGGGCUUGCGGCGAGGUUACCGCCCUGGGCGAGGAAGAGAAAGGCCUUGGUUCCUGGGUUGAUGCUUCUAGGGGUAGUCUGUUGGUGGUUCGGAAUAUUGAGUCCGUUGACUUGGCUCGCGGGCACAGGGAAGAGUGGCAGUAUACUGCGAAGUCCGAAGAAGACACCCAGAGGGUGGGGACUACUCCCUGAGAGACCGAAUAUCGAUUGGGAGGAUCGAGCGGAUAUGGUGCGGGAUGCGUUUAAGAUUUCUUUCUCGGGUUAUGAGAAGUAUGGUUGGGGUACGUGCCAUGUAUGCGCUUCCUUUGGAGGGUUGAACGAGGGGGAGAUGCUAAUUGUCUGGGCAUAGGAUAUGAUGAAUACCAUCCCGUAACUCACACUGGAAAGCACAUGGUACCGAAGGGCAUGGGCUGGAUUAUUGUCGAUGCGUUGGACACGAUGAUGCUCAUGAAUCUGACGACGGAGCUCUCGCACGCAAGACAGUGGGUACACAGCAAUCUCACCUACGACCAGGACCACGAUGUGAAUACGUUCGAAACAACGAUACGGAUGCUUGGUGGGCUUCUAUCAGCGCAUUACCUGAGUACGGCUUUUCCUGGGAAGUAUGCGCCUGUAAACGAUGGUCUAAGCGAUGACAUGUACGUGGAGAAGGCGACAGAUCUCGCAGACAGGCUACUGGGUGCAUAUGAGACUGCGUCUGGAAUUCCACUCGCGAGUGUCAAUCUCCACACGAUGCAAGGAAUUCCAUCCCAUACGGAUGGAGGAGCUUCAUCAACUGCCGAAGCGACUAGCCUGCAGUUGGAGAUGAAAUAUCUGGCCAAACUGACGGGCGAGACGCAUUACUGGGAGAAGGCCGAGCAAGUGAUGAAGGCUGUCGACGAUAACCAUGUCGUUGAUGGUCUCGUCCCUAUUUUCAUCUACGCGGACAAGGGUACUUUCCGUGGCGAAAACAUCCGCUUGGGUAGCAGAGGGGACAGCUACUACGAAUACCUUAUCAAGCAAUACCAUCAAACCUCGAAUCAGGAGCCAGUCUAUCAGGAGAUGUGGAACGAAAGCAUGGCCGGUAUCAAAAAGCACCUCCUGACUUAUACGGAACCUAACAACUUCUUGGUGCUUGCUGAGAGGCCGAAUGGACUGAACAGGGAUCUCAGCGCGAAGAUGGAUCAUCUGGUGUGCUUCAUGCCAGGCACGAUAGCCCUUGCCGCUACUGGAGGCCUUCCACUCGCUCAGGCCAAGAAGCAACCGAAUUGGGGUCCUCAGCAGGAGGAGGAUAUGGAAAUUGCUCGCGAAUUGACCAAGACAUGCAUGGGCAUGUACCGCACCGAGACUGGCCUUGCGCCCGAGAUUGCGCACUUCAACAUACAUGAGCCACCGAAGAUGUACAAUGACUUCGGGCCCAAGGACAGGCCGCAAAGCCCAGUGAACCUUCGAAAGUGCACCAACGCACUCUGUUCAGAUGUGAUUGAGACGACCAAGGAUGAUUUCGUCUUCAAGGCUGCUGAUAUGCAUAAUCUUCAACGCCCGGAGACAGUCGAGAGCCUGUUCUACAUGUGGCGGAUUACUGGUGAUGAUCAGUAUCGGCGUUGGGGAUGGGAGAUGUUUCAAGCUUUCGUCAAAUGGACUGCUGUUGACGAUGGAGAAGGUUUCAGCAGUAUCUCUAACGUUAUGCAAACACCGCCUGCUAUGAGGGAUAAUAUGGAGAGCUUUUGGCUGGUGAGUAACAACUUCCGAUUAUCAGCUCUUGAAAGUAAUGGCUAAUAUGGCGUCUGCUGCAGGCCGAAACACUGAAAUAUUUCUUCCUUCUCUUCUCCAACGACGAUAUACUUCCGCUAAACGAUGUAGUGUUCAACACGGAAGCACAUCCUUUCCCUCGGUUCCAGAUGGGCAAGCUCUUCAAGACCGGAUGGGAGAGAAGAAAAGCUGGCGCUUCUACUUCGCCGCCCGCCCAGGAGAAUUCGGCAGCUCAUCAUGACAACGUGCAGACGAUUGAAGUCACGCAGACGGUGCAGCAGGAAGUUGUCGCUACUAUCACAAAGACCACGGAUCAAGCUGGUGAAGCACCUACGCCUGUUGUUACGGAAUCGCCUGCUCUGAAGAGCGGCGAUGGAGGGAUGAGUGUGCUUGUUGCAUAA